CUUUGUCGUGGAUUUGAGCGUAAUCUUUGCUCCUCGUCUUCACUCGAUGGAAUCCGAAGCCAAGGAGUACAAGGACUCCAGAAAGAAAGAAAGAAAGCAUGUUUGAGUGGUUUUGUCGUGGAUGAGCUUCCAUUAGUCUGAGAAUGAGGAUGGAGAAGCUCAAAGGGGAGAGAACAUUAUUUGCAGGUGUUACCUGCAACAAUGCUGAUAUGAAGCUCUUUCUCGUCUCCCUUGUCCUUUUCUGCUCUUUGGUUAUACUCAUCGUGCAAUUUCUUCCUUCUGAGAUUACCAUCUGCUCUUCCACUACAUACAAGUGGUCAUGGCCCCAAUCACCACCUCAUAACGUUUCUUCUGCCAUUCGUAGCUUGAUGAAGGAAGAGCUGACCUCUGAUUCCGUGGUGAAGAGAGCUCUUAACGCUGUCGGAUCCGCUGCUUACCUCUUCAUACAGAUGGGCGCAUACCGCGGCGGCCCGAACAGCUUCGCGGUCGUCGGCCUCGCCUCGAAGCCCCUCCAUGUUUUCGCCAAGCCUCGGUUCAUCUGCGAGUGGCUCCCUCUUACCUUCCAUGGCGACGACAACAGCUCUGUCACUGCCUCCGGUCACACCAUCCUCCCCGACUGGGGCUACGGCCGCGUCUACACCGUCGUCGUCGUGAACUGCACGUUCUCGGUUGAUGUCGGGGCCGAUGGCACCGGAGGGUGCCUCGUGCUCCGUGCCACCACCGGCGGUGGUAGUGACCGGGCUGCGGAGACGGAAGAGAGGUUCAUUGCGAUGGAGGAAACUCCCGGAAGCGUCAACGUGACGAUGUUUUCAACACCGCCGAAGUACGAUUGCCUCUACUGCGGAUCUCCGCUCUAUGGCGACCUUAGCCCGCAGCGGGUGAGGGAAUGGAUCGCCUAUCACGCGAAUCUCUUCGGCUUGAAGUCGCACUUCGUGAUCCAUGACGCCGGCGGAGUCCACCGGGACGUGAUGGAGGUGUUGAGGCCGUGGAUGGAGAAGGGCCUCCUGACCUUGCAGGACGUCAGGGAGCAGGAGAGGUUCGAUGGUUACUACCAUAACCAGUUCCUGGUGCUCAACGAUUGCUUGCAUAGGUACAAGUUCAUGGCGAAGUGGAUCUUCGUCUUCGACAUGGAUGAGUUCAUCUACCUGCCAUCGGAAACCAAACUGGAAUCACUGCUCGAAUCGUUCUCCGGCUAUACGCAGUUCACGAUCGAGCAAAUGCCAAUGUCGAACACGCUCUGCCAAUUCAAAGAUUACGGGAAGACUUCGAGGAUGUGGGGCAUUGAGAAGCUGGUGUACCGGGACGCGCGGAGGAAGGUGAGGAGGGAUCACAAGUACGCGAUCCAGCCGCGGAGCGCGUCCGCCACCGGCGUGCACCUCUCGCAGAACGUAGCGGGGCCGAGCCUUUCCGAAACAGGGGGUAUGAUCAAGUACUUCCACUACCACGGCACCCUUGCCAUGCGCCGUGACCCGUGCAGGGAGCUCCUGAACGUCACCAAGAUCUUCUUCGACAACACGCCCUACGUCCUCGACGAGACACUGCGGUCGGUCGCCGGAGAAGUCAGGAUGUUCGAGCUCAAGAUGAUCGGACCCCGUCUGGCUCACACACGAGAAUGAAUCAGCAGACAAACACUUGGAAAUAAAGAUGUGCUUCGCUGUAAGAUUGAAGAACAAUUACAUCAAAGAAGUAACUGGGAAGCCGGGGAUUACUUGAAGUUACGUAGAUAGAUUGGAGAACUUGCACUGAAAAGGAUUUACCAAUGUUUUAGAGUGCACGAAAAUGAAGAUUGGUUAAUACACUAAAUGGGGUAUUUGUAUACAUAUAACCAGAGAUAAAGGAAUGUUUCAUAAGGUUACAGAUGAGAUACAGGCAAUCUUCCUUAGAAUGUUUACUUCAUCUGCAUCAACAUGCACACCUGCGCUCGAAGCUAUGCGCUCUGUGCCUCCAAGAGCGCGUUGAACUCCUCUCUCGCCUUCUGCAACCGCGGCGUGAUGCAGGUAGAGGAUGGUGAUGCUGGAUAAGAGAUGGGCCCCGACGUUGAGAAUCUCACAUGGCGGUUCGAUGACGACGCCUGCGACUUACUCGAGCCGAACCUCGACGAGCUCUUCUUCAGAACUCCCUUGCGAUCCCUGUCGAACACGAAGGCCGCACUGACAGGCGAGUCGGUGUCGUUGUGGCCGCUUCUGAUCAACUCCAGUGGCAAGUCGAAGCAGGAGUGAACACCGUCAUCAACAUCACCGCCCAAACCCGGCGACAACGACGACGUCCAAGACCCGCAGUCGAAUUUCUCGAGAGAAACCGCCCGUGGGACAGUGCUAAUCCUGCCCUUAUCGACAGCCUCUUCUUCUUCGUCUUCUCGGGUGGCCUCCAAUUUCUGCACCUGUUCGGCCUUGGGUUCCGCUUGGUAGGCCUGUAAGGUGACUUGUUUCUUCUUGUGGGAUAAGCCAGGCAAGAACAAGCAUCCACACUUCACACUCUCCUCGCCUUGACGACGACGCAGUUCUCUGGGAUCCUCAAAGCUGCUGUUCUCGUCUCUGGGCUCAUCGACGACGCAAUCUUCAUUACCGGAAUGCUCAGUGCUCGAUCUUGUCGACAAAAUGUCGAUGAGGUCAUCGGAUGGCGCGGAGGAUCUCCCCUCCCCGCACGACUUGCUCCUUCGCAGGGACAUCCUCUGUUCCAUGGCGAACCGAGAGAGGGCGGCCGAGUGCUGGCGAGCUAGAUUGCUCCAUUUCUUGGAACUCUUGUGGAACUUCGGCGAGGAGAGCGCAGAACCAGGAAGGCUGCAGCUCACAAACUUGGGCCGCGCGAGCUGCGGCAGAGACGGCAGAUGCGUCAUCAGAUCGGCGGCAGCAGCGCCUGCCUUCACCAUUUGCA